CGCGAACCACGCCCCCCCGGCUCGCAUCCCGCCCCCACCGUCCCCGCCGCUGCCGCCCCGCCGCUCCGGGGGCUCAGCUUCUCUGCCUGACUGGAAAUUGCCGCCGGCCUCGUGUUUCCGCGAGCGGCGGCCGUGCUCAGGAGAGGCGAGCUCGCACUGCUUUGGUGCAGGCUACUGUAUUUUUUCGGACUUCUUUUUUUUUUUCAGCCUUAUUCUUUCCGCGCCUUCCAGCGCAGGCGUCCCUGCGAGCCGGUGAGGCCCUUGUACGUUACGGCGUCGCAAAAAAACCGGCGGGGGGCGGGGCGGGUCCUUUCGGCCGAGCCGUCGCAGCCGGUGCCCGCCCCGGCCCGCCAUGUACUACAAGUUCAGCGGCUUCGCGCAGCGCCUCGUCGGGGCCACGGCGGCCGCCGCCUACACCCCACAGGGACUCAAACCAUUGAAUUCAGUGAUUCCCACUGAAUCCCCAGAUCUGAUUUUUGGGACAAGUAAACCUUUUCCAGGUUUACCUGCAGCUGAUCCUUUCUUGGGUACAAACAAGGUGCCAGACCUACAGAAAGUUUUUCAGAGAUCAGAUGGACUGCCAGUACACCUGAAGCUAGGAUAUCCAGACAGGCUGCUCUAUCGGACCACGAUGGCUCUGACAAUAGGAGGGACUAUCUACUGUCUGGUAGCAUUGUUCAUUGCCUCACAGCCAAAGAAACAAAAAUAAAUGAACCACACCUCACGGGACUCUCAGCACUCCUCCGAAGGAUCUCCUGCAUGUGCCACUUUGCACUUAAAUCUGUUCCCUAUGAUCACAUGGGGUUCAUUAUUCAGAUCGCAUUUCUUGGAGAAAGUGUUUUUAAAUCGGUUGCCUUAUGUAUUCUAAAACACCAAUAUAAACAGAGAAAUACAAUAUUUUAACAUACAGUUGUAGCUUUUCUUGUCUUACAGGAUUUAAUAAACAGUUGGAGAAAGAUAA